AUGGCCCCCAUCCCUCGGGCCGAUCUGGAUAUGGACAACCAAUCCACCGACGUGGCUGACAGCCAGGAUAUGGAUUCUCCUGCGCGCCGCCAGUUUUCUGAGCCCCUCCGGCCCCAUUCUACUUCUACUCAACUCUCACCUUCGCCAGAGCCAUUCUCCCGUUGGCUGAAGUGCGACUGGUGUGGGAAAUUGCUCGAACUGGUCAAAGGCCAGUUCCGAUCAGAGGAAGAGGUCCUUAACGCGCAUGUUGCCGCCGAUCAUCCUGAUCAUCAUCCUAAUGAUGAUGAAGACGAGGGUGCAGAGGAUGAGAUGUUAGAUGAAACCCAAAUGAACGAAGAAGACCUCGAGCUUGACCCUGAAGAAGCCGAGGAUGAAGCCGAUGAGGAAGCCGACGAUGCUGAAGUUGAUGUUGCCGAAGACCUUGAAGGUCAUGAAGCUGAUACCGAAAUGGAAGAGCUUGAGAACGAAGUUGUUGACGACGAAAACGACGAUCACCAAGUCGAUGCCGUUUCUGAUCGCGAAUUGGCUGCUGAAGGUCCUCAGCGAAUGGCCGCUUCAGUGGUCAAUGUAGGCCAAACUGAACAUGAAGAUGAGAAUGGCCCUUCCCCCGUGGAUUCGGCCUCUGCAGCACAAGCUGGGACGCACGCUCAAGUCCCGUACGAGUACACGGAUUGGCUGUCCAACCCACGAACCAAAUACACUGCCGAUUAUCUUCGUCGUACUGCCGAGUGGCAAGAAGGAGAUAUCAAGGCUCGCCUACCUAAGAUUUGGAACGUCAACAAUGUCAAACAAUUCUGUCCAAGCUAUCGCGAAGAGAUGGCCAAGGUGGAUUCUAAUUGGCAAGAUGCGUUCCGCGAAAAGCAAAAACGCCCAGAGCCAUACGCCAAAACACGCGUCGAGGUUGGCGAGUUCCUUGAGUUAAGCGAUCCAGAUGAAUUGCUUAAGCUACUCGGAAAUGCCAAAGAUCUUACUCCCGAGGAGCUCUACGCGGUCACCCAAGCCGCUGCUUCUUUCGUCAAGAUCUACCAAGAUGAAUAUCUUGCACUGGACAAGCUCUACAAUCAAGCCCACCGGCAUAUGCAAAAGGACGGAACGCCCUUGGCCCGCGUCCCCGAACAUGAUCGUGAUUAUGAGGACAAGAAAGAGGCUCGUCUAUAUGGAUACAAACAUACAUACCAUAAGGAGAAUAAGCCGACCUCAACGGCCUGGACUCCACAAGACCCAUUCACCCAGGGGAGCUUUGUCGCUACCCCUGCACUUGGGCGAAAGAUGACCGCAAAGAUCCAACCAGGGGAUCGCAACCCUGAUGGCUGGAAACCGGUUGUGCGACACGGGGUUGAAUUUGUGCCCCGGCUCUAUGAGGAGCGACUGGAGCCUACCCACCGGGGUACACGGAAGCGCAAAGCGACUGAAAUCGAAUCUUUGGGCAACCCCCCCAUUAAGUCGGACAAAGCCGAUGACACGCACGAGGACGAGACUGAGAGCGACGAGGAAGACCCUGCGCGAACGAGACGUACUCGGGGUGGCGUCCGUAAUACUCGCCCUGCGCGUGGUGUCGUGGCAUCUGGUGAAUCCCUACCACCACCCGCUGCUGGUGCCACUCGGGGAUCUACCCGAGGUGGUCGUGGCCGUCGUGGUGCAUUCAAUGCACCCGCGGCUGCUUCGGCCACACCACAACCGGCAGCCAGUGUGGUGGAGGAGUCGACUGUGUCGGCUCAAGAGGACUCUCCAAUGCGCGACGCUGCGCCACCUCCCCGACCCGUGCUGCCGACCAGAAUGAAGGACGCCACCACCCAAGAGGAGAUGGAUGAGAUCCGGCGCCAAAAGAUCAUGAACUCCAAGAAUCCCAAGCGUACAAAGGCCAUGUUGGACCAUUGGGAACGGUUCAACCGAGAAGGCCGGAUCCGCAAUCCUAAGCGGUCCAAGGCGCAGAUCGAGUCAGAUCGCACCGCGGACGAGGAUAAACGGGCAAGUGAAGCGGCCAGGGCCGGUGGACGUCGUCGCCGAUCCACGUCGAUCAGUGCGAUGUCUGCCGGGAAUCUGGCGCCGAAGACCUUGAAUCCUGUCGCGCCCAUGCCAGGCCCGUCACACCUGGCUCCCACUCUUCCCCACUGGGGAUGGGUAAUCCGUACCCUCCCCACCCGCAAUACCAACAUGUGCCACCGCCAAUGGCACCACAGUUUGCUCAGUUCCCAUACAACCCAUAUGGGAUGGGCAUGGUGCCAGGCCCACCCCAGCCUGUCCCUGCUGUGCAUCCUGGGCGCCCAAACCAUGCGCCGCCUCUGGGCCCUCCUCCCCAUCUCCCCCUCCCUCACGACCCGCGCCACCAUCAUCACCGCCCCUAAUGGUGAUGGGGAGUGUAGGGUCAAGGAGCUGGCUGGGUGGCUCAAUGUAUAUAAUUUGUGUAUUUCUAGUUGA